CCAGGCAUACUUUCUCUGCGCCCACCCCGGCGUGUGCGUUGGCCCUUUAGCCGAAGACUUUGAAAAAAAAUUGAAAUAUUCUCGAGAGAUUGCAGUGCAACCGUCUGAACCCCACGUAGUUGACGAAAGUUUUCUUGGCAUUCUUUUCUGCUCAAAAAUGUCAAUCUACUGCAGCUCCAGUAUAAGUAUGUGGUCUUAUGCUUGAUUUCAUCCCUUCGCCGGCGAUUCACUGGAAUCACAAAAAAAUGUCGAUUUCGAGCUUGAUCCUUGUAGACUAAGACUGAAGAAAAUUUGUGGUAGUAGAGAGGCAGGCUGCACUGAACUUCGGGCGAGAUUUAUUGUAUUGCGGUGAGGCCUCCCGCGUGGCAGGUACACUGGCUGCGUAAUUUUCCCUGCCUUUGCUCCUAGGCUUGAUCCUUGUAGACCGUGGGGGCAUUAGCGUAGUUGUUAAG